AUGGAGAUCCGGCAGCACGAGUGGCUCGCGGCCUCCCCCCACGAGGGCUUCGAGCAGCUGCGGCUCAAGAGCCGCCCCAAGGAGCCCUCGCCCAGCCUGGCCCGGGUGGGCGCGAACUUCUACAGCAGCGUCAAGCAGCCGGACUACAGCGCCAGCGUCUGGCUCCGCAGGAAGGACAAGCUGGAGCACUCCCAGCAGAGGUGCAUCGUCAUCUUCGCCCUGGUCUGCUGCUUCGCCAUCCUGGUCGCCUUGAUCUUCUCGGCCGUGGACAUCAUGGGAGAGGAUGAGGACGGACUCUCGGAAAAAAACUGCCAAAAUAAAUGUCGAAUCGCCCUGGUGGAAAACAUCCCUGAAGGCCUUAACUAUUCGGAAAACGCACCCUUUCACCUGUCACUCUACCAAGGCUGGAUGAACUUACUCACCAUGGCCCAAAAGUCGGUGGACAUCGUGUCUUCCCACUGGGAUCUCAACCACAGUCACCCAUCGGCGUGUCAGGGUCAACGUCUUUUCGAAAAGUUGCUCCAGCUGACUUCGCAAAAUAUCGAAAUCAAGCUAGUCAGCGAUGUGACGGCUGAUUCAAAGGUAUUAGAAGCCUUGAAAUUAAAGGGCGCCGAGGUGACUUACAUGAACAUGUCCGCCUACAACAAGGGCCGGCUGCAGUCCUCCUUCUGGAUCGUGGACAAGCAGCAUGUCUACAUCGGCAGCGCUGGCCUGGACUGGCGGUCUCUGGGACAGAUGAAAGAACUCGGUGUCAUCUUCUACAACUGCAGCUGCCUGGUCCUGGAUUUGCAAAGGAUCUUCGCUUUAUAUAGUUCAUUAAAAUUCAAGAGCAGGGUGCCCCAGACCUGGUCCAAGAGGCUCUAUGGAGUCUAUGACAAUGAAAAGAAAUUGCAGCUUCAGUUGAACGAAACCAAAUCUCAAGCCUUUGUGUCGAAUUCCCCCAAACUCUUUUGCCCUAAAAACAGAAGCUUUGACAUCGACGCCAUCUACAGCGUGAUAGACGACGCCAAGCAGUACGUGUACAUCGCUGUCAUGGACUACCUGCCCAUCUCCAGCACAAGCACCAAAAGGACGUACUGGCCAGACUUGGACGGGAAGAUAAGAGAAGCGUUAGUUUUGCGAAGCGUUAAAGUUCGACUCCUGAUCAGCUUCUGGAAGGAAACGGAUCCCCUGACGUUUAACUUUAUUUCGUCUCUUAAAGCUAUCUGCACUGAAAUAGCCAACUGCAGCUUGAAAGUUAAGUUUUUUGACCUGGAAAGAGAGAAUGCCUGUGCAACCAAAGAGGAAAGGAAUCUCACCUUUCCUAAAUUAAACCGCAACAAGUACAUGGUGACGGACGGAGCAGCUUACAUCGGAAACUUUGACUGGGUAGGGAACGACUUCACCCAGAAUGCGGGCACGGGCCUCGUCAUCAACCAAGCAGACGCGAGGAAUAACACGAGCAUCAUUAAGCAGCUGAAAGAUGUGUUUGAGAGGGACUGGUACUCACCCUACGCCAGGAGCUUACAGCCCACCAAACAGCCGAACUGCUCCAGCCCGUCCAGUCUCAGCCCUCCCUCCAACAAAACUGCCACGUACAACCCGCGUGGGAAGGACCCCGCGUGCGUAUAGCGUGACCGGACACACUGACGGACCACUUGUGUUUCGUAUUUAUAUCUAAAGGACGGGAGGAGAGAAGAACCAUUUGAUAUGUCUUUUUUUAGGGGAAAAGCACACUUAUUAAAAAAUAAUCUUUGAAUGCCAUGCCCCAUCUAACCACAUCUUAGGGGCUUGUAUACUCCCUUGAAGACUUUUGUAUUUGUCACUUCUGACGGAGAAUGUCAUUCCGGCUUGGGAGUUCGUUUUCACGUUCGCAUACCAAUUUGAAGGCUUGGAUGCCUCUUCCUUUCUAGUUUUAGAACAUUUCUGCUGGCCCACGUGGUCAGUUCUUAGGAAGCUUCGCAUGAGGCAGGCUCUUUGCUAUUCUGCAACCACUGGCUUAGAGGAGAGGGAGGGUUUCGCCUUGGACAAGAGGUCAAGCCAAGUCUUCAUCCUUGUCAACCAUCUCCAAGACCUGUCCCGUCAUCUAGGCGUGAACUCCCCAUGCCAUCCUUAAGAAACUCUUGGAAAAUACUUUUCUUGCCUCCGUAUUCAUUUUCUUCUAAGACCAUAGAUUUUCUUUUGUGUCAUUUUCUCUUCUCAUAAAAUGUUCUCAUGCUCUAGUGUGGCUAUACUUACCUCAACACUAGUUCCAAGUGGGAUAUGUUCUGAAAGUGUAUGAAUUCCUCAGAAUGGGUACAAAAUGGACAUAGCAAUUAUUUUUCAAAUAUAUUUUUAUUGAUUUCAGAGAGGAAGGGAGAGGGAGAGAGAGAAACAUCAACGAUCGGCUGCCUCCUGCACGCCCCGCCCUGGGGCUAGAGCCCGCAACCCGGGCAUGUGCCCUGACUGGGAAUCGAACCGUGACCUCCUGGUUCCUAGGUCGACGCUCAACCACUGAGCCACGCCAGCUGGGCAGAAAUAGCAAUCUUUAAUUUCCACCUUUCAACUGCAUUUUUCUCUAGCAAGUUGAUAUUUUAAAACCAUAGCCAGGAAUCUGCAUCCUUUCUCUCAAGCUCGGAAAAAUUACGUAGCCCCUGCUAAUAGCCAGCAAACGAUUAAGUCUGUAUUAUGGAGACUGAAGUCAUUUUUCACAUUUUUGUUUACUCUAUGGUAUUAGAAAGGAACGACCUCUAUGGGUCAGUGGAUUUGAAUUUCUUUAGAAUCGUUAUGCUGUUAAGAGUAUGCCAGCAAAUGUUUAAUAGAGCUAUUUAAUAUACCUUCUGCUAUUUAAUACACCUUCUGCUGUUUAAUAUACCUUCUGCUAUUUACUAUACCAAAUGCUUUUCAGAGAAAUGCAAUUUAAAUACUGUGCUUAACAUAUUUUACUAAGAAACAAGAAUAUUGGAUUAUUGUUCUAUACUGUCAUUGUGUGUUGUUUUCUAUCUAUCCGACCUAUAACCCUAUAUUAACAGAGACUGUUGCUACACUCGAGAGAGCCCUGGCCUCCCCACCGCCCAGAGCAGGCGGCCUCGGGACGCCCAGUCUUACUGUGGCUCCUGGCUCUCUCCUUGGCCUCGGGUUUCUGUUGGUCAUGUAGGGACAGUACCUACUCACCUACCUCGCGAAGAUGUUGUUACGGUAGGAAAUAUUUAUAACUUGUUUUGGAAUCAAAAGAACCUAUAUAAAUGCUAAGC